UCAAGCUGAUACGUUUGUAGCUGCUUUUAAAGAGGAAGUCGUGAAAGGAAGAAGCAAAAAAUAAAUGUAUAGGGUGACCAGAAUAGUGAUUAAACAUUUUUCUUCCCGCAUGUAAUUAAAAAUUUUAUAACGGAGUAAACGUUUCAUAACUCGUUAACAAUUUCAAUACUUUUCAUUUGAAUUUCUCUCUCAGUUGUAUUUUUAUUUAUCAAGAUAAAUAUGAAUGAGCGUAUUCACUUAGUGAAUGUUCUUGAACUUGCUUGGUCACCCUAUAUAAAAUAUAUAUUCACAUAUGUACGUAUAUCCAGUCAGUUGACACGUAACUUUAAGAAACGGAGCGACUGUCAAGUGCCAGCUGCCUAUUGGUUGUAAUCCCAUUCAAAUAUAAUUUAAAAAUUAUAUUUUAAAAACAAUAAUAAUAAUUAUACUGAUAGCUAUAAUAAAUUAAUUAAGUGCUUUAAUUAUUUUAUAAGACGUUUUGAAGUGACGCGUUACCGCUUGGAGUAUUUUAUUAUUUUUUAAAAUUUACUAAUUACUCAACUGAUUAAUUACUUCUGAUUAUUAUUUGCUAUAAGAUAUUCAAUUUUUUUUUAAGUUUCACUAAAAGGUAAUUUAAUUCGUACAGAUGAACGGAGACGAGCAAAACAAAAAAAAACUUCGCAGUGAUGCGAUAUUCGGUAAAAUAAAUCAGUUUGUCACUUUACAAAAAGACGAAACUGCUAAAUAUAAUUCUUUAUUUACAAAGGUGACAGAAAGUAUUGUUAAUAUUUUAAAAGAAAAAGAUGAAGUGUUUAAAAAAUACUAUCAAAAGACAAUGUACGCCGGUAGUUUUUACAAACAAACAAGAGUCGGUAAACCCAAAGAAUUCGAUUUGAAUUUAAUUUUAUGCCUUCCUGAUAUUGAUAGUGUUAAAAUAGAAAAAGGGAGACCGGGGUUUGCUAAAAUUAAAUUUGAUAAACGUAAAAUUUCUCCUGUUUGGACUGAACACAAAGUAUUAAAUAAGUGGCUCGACAGCGAAGGUUAUUUAGAUAACCAAAAAUUACGAGGAUGGUUUGAAGGAAUGGUCAAAAAAAGUUUGUCUCCUUUCGAAAAAACUCCAAAUAAAUUUAGUAUUUGUGCAAAAGACUCCUCGACUCCUCUAUGUGAAGCAGAAAUAAAAAAAAGCGGACCAGCAUUUACUUUAAUCGCAAAUGAUGGAUCUAUGGAGUUUGCCGUAGAUUUAGUGCCAGUAUUAGAGUUUUCUCAGCCACCACCUCUACCAAAUUUUGAAAAAACAAAAGAGCCUUGGCAUCUUGUUCCUAAACCUCUUAAAAAUGGGGAUGCCCCUAAUCAAAAUUGGCGGUAUUGUUUUUAUCAUUACGAAAAAGAAAUGCUGAAGAAAAAUGGUAAAGUUAAGCCAGUUAUUCGGCAUAUGAAAAAAUUAAGAGACACGCAAAAUUGGUCUAUUCUUGCAAGUUAUUACAUUGAAACUUUAUUUUUUCAUGUGUUAAGUAAAAACGAUUCUGAUAAAAACGAAUCACAAACAACAUUACUUGUGUCCAUGUUAAAAGAACUCAGCAAAGCAUUUAAAACUGGGUCGUUAAAUUAUUUCUGGGAUAAAACUUUUAAUGUAUUCGGCGAAUUGACAAAAGAGAAAAUAGUUGGUGUCCAAAAUCGUUUAGACAAAAUUAUUAAAGAAAUAGAAGCUGACCCGACAACUAUGACCCAGUAUUUUUUAACGAAAGAAGAACAAGAAAAAUUGAAAGAAAUUGAGGAAAAAGAAAAGACGCAACCGAAAAAAGAAGUCAAUGUAGAUAAAACUAAUGGUUUAUCGACUACACUUCCUUUGACCAGAGAAACAAAGUCAGAGAAAAAUAAAAAAACUUUACAAGAGCCAGAGAAUGGAGAGACGAGUAAAAAUGAAAUCAAAGCUUUAAAAGAAAUGGUACUGUCAUUAAAAGCUGAAUUUAAAGACUUUAAAAAUUCAAUUAAACAAAAACCCAUUGAUGAAACUCCUGGAGCUGAAGCAGCGGACGAAAAGGAGAUGAGAAAAUUACUACUGUUACUUAUUAAUGAAGUGAAGCAAUUAAAACUUAAUGUCGGAAGACUGGAAGCUAAAAUAGACCAGACUAAUGAGCAAAUUAAAAACAUUAAAUCACAAUCAACAUUUUUUGAUGUGAUGGAAGCAGCGGUUCCUCUUUUUAAUUAAUUGACAAAUGGUUUAUAUCAGAAAUACUAAUAAGUUUUA